GGAGAGGAGUGAAGUUUUGGUUGCAUGUCAUAGCUCACCUCUCCUGCAAGCCCUGAAAGUGCUGGGAAACGUGGAAAGGAUCCUCAGGAGAACCAAUGGAAAAGACAGAUGACAUGCUGAAGUGCCAGGAUAAGCAGGAAGAGGACACCCCAAAGAGUUCCCCGUUUGACUUUGUUAUAAAACAGUUCCAAGGAAAGAGUUGUGCUCCUGAAAAAGGGAAAGAGCAGCCUUCAGCCAUCAAAAAAUUCUUCAGGGGCUUUGACUUUGGGAAAUCUGAAGGCAAGGACAGAAGGGAGAUUGAAGAAAUCAACAACUCUGGAGCUGAUGAUCAGAGUGAGAAGGAAGAUCUCUCUGUGGAAGAUGGACACUCACAUCUCCUUUCUGAAGCAGAGUCCCCAUCUGGUGAGCAGAGAUUUAACCAGUUCAUGCAGAAACUGGGAAAGAAACCCGACAGCAAGAAUCUUGAUCUAAAUAAUUGUGCAUUAAGUGCAGAAGAUGUUACAGAGCUGGCUUCUUUACUGCCAUUUCUCCCAGAGCUGGAAGAGAUCAGCCUGUCCUGGAAUGGUUGUGUUGGUGGGACUCUGAAAGCUCUCACUGUCCACCUUCAUCACGUGAACCUGUUAAAAGUCCUUCGGCUUAACAACUGCAGGCUGACAGCUGAGGAUGUCAUCUCCUUAGGAGAGGCAUUUGAAAUUGUUUCUCAGCUUGAAGAACUGGAUUUGUCAUGGAACAGUAACAUAGGUGGAAAACUAUCACUGCUGACAAAAAAAGUCCAGAAUGGAUGCAAGUUAAAGUGCCUGAAAAUUACAGACUGUAACCUGACAGCGAAGGAUGGGGAAUCCCUUGCUGAAUUUCUAAACGUGAUCCCAAACCUCGAAGUAUUAGAUCUCUCUAUCAACAAACACAUCGGCUGCAGCGUGAAGGUUAUGGCUCAGGAUCUGAAAAACGUGCCGGGCUUGAAAGAGUUAAACUUGCACAUGUGUGGAUUAAAGCAAGACAGCCUCCAGGGCUUAGACACUGCUUUGCAGCACCUCGCAGAGCUGAGGAAAUUGGACUUGUCGUGUAACAGAGAGAUUGGUGGUGGCUUUAAAGACUCAGCAGCUCAUUUGGCCAGCCUGAAAAACCUGGAAGUCCUUGAUCUUCACCAGUGCUGUGUCACAGAAGAGGACAUGGCCGUUUUGUCCCAGGUGAUACCUUUACUCUCCAGUCUUCAAGAGCUGAAUUUAUCCUGGAAUAAAAGUGUAGGACUUUCAUCUGAUCCUCUCCUGGGCCGGCUCAGGUUUCUGCCGAGGCUGAAAUCUUUGGCCAUCAGCAGCUGUGGUUUAGGUGAAGAGUCGCUCUCAUCACUAGCUGAGGCUGCCCUUCACCUUCCUGAACUGGAGAUAUUAGACCUAUCUUGGAAUAAGUGCGUUGGUGGGAACCUAAAGCUGCUUUUGGGAGCACUAAAGCUUGCAGUGGAGAUUCAAGUGUUAAGACUGAGCAGCUGUAACUUGGUGGCUGAAGAUUUGGCACUUCUAACAUCUCUGACACGGGAUGGCCACCUCUCCAGACUGCAGAUGCUGGAUUUGAGUUACAAUGACAGCGUCUCUGAUGAAGGGUGGGCUGUUUUCUGUCGAGGUUUAGCAGCGUCCAAGGAGCUGUCGGAGCUCGAUCUCAGCCUCCGCCCCUCGUCCUGCCGGGCCUGCGGGACCUGGUUCAGUGAGUUGUUGGCAGCACUGGCACAGCUGCCUGCCCUGGCAGAGCUGGGCAUGCAGAGAUGGGGCCUGUCAGAACCCCAGAGGAAACAACUGGAAAACUUUAAUCACGACAACAAAAGGAACAUUCGCUUUGACUGCUGAUGGAGGUGGAAGGUGGCUGGUCCAGCACGUGGAUCAAGUGUUAUGUGUCUGUCACUUAGGAGAUCACACAGCUUUUAAUAAUCUCCUGAAUAGUUUCACAGUUAUAGAACACUGUUAUUUAACCCUCUGCAUCACAGAUCAUUCCAUUUAACAAGACACUCUUUGAGAUUCUCUAGGCCAUGCUUACACUGCUGCAGACACUUCAUCUUCACGGUGCCCAAAGAGCAAUGCUGGACUCACGUGGACACACUGCAGGUUUGCCAGUGGAGGGGAUGUGUGUUAAUGCA